GCCCAUCCCCGCGCAUCCCGGCCGGUCGCUCCGCGGUCCCGCUCAACAAGUUCCCCCGCCGCCGCCGCCGCGGGCACCUGCCGGAGCGGCCCCCCCCGAGCCCCGUCCCCGCAGCGCGGAGCAGCGCCGGGCUCCGAUGAGGGCAGCGGGCGACAGCGCGGCGGCGGCGGCUGCCUCUAGCGAGCGCUCCGGCGGCCGCAGCUGAGCCGUGCCGAGAGCCGCUCGGGGCGGGCGGAGCGCGGCCAGCCGGGGGCAGCCUGCGGCCCCAGCCGCGCUGCUUCUCGCCGCCAGCCCGCCCCGGAGCACGGACGGAGAUGCGGCGCCCAGCGAGCGCCCAGACCCGCGCCCGGCUGUAAGGAGCACGAGGCAUCAUGGUGAGUAAGGAGCCCAGCAAAUGCUUACUCACCACCUCGGAAAGCGAAGUUGAGCCUGCAGCUUCGCUCGCUUUGGAGAUGAAAUAUGCACUGGAUCCCAACCGGCAGAUAAAGAAACGCAACAAAGCCCUGCAGGUGAGAUUUAAGGAUAUCUGCGAGGCCCAGAACGAGCAGCGGGACAAGCAGCUCUCCACCACCCAGGAUACAGACAAAAGAGAAGCCAAAACCGUUUCCUACAAAACGGCGUAUCGCAAAUACAUGACGGUGCCUGCCCGGAGGUCCAUCCCCAACGUCACCAAGAGCACAGGAGUUCAGACAUCCCCCGAUCUCAAGAAGUGUUAUCAGACCUUUCCUUUAGACCGAAAAAAAGGGAAUAUCAUUAAAAGCGCCUCAGCUGUUGACACCUUUAAGAGUGAAAACAACGGCUUCCUGAUAGAUAUUAAGGAAAAGGACAGCAGGAGCUCGGAGGACGGCAGCCGUUGGGGUAAGAAGGCCGGCAGCCUGCAGACGGCCGAGUUCAUCUCCCACGUGGGUGAGCGGGCGAGCACGGGGCCCGGCGCGGCCUGGACCUGGCAGAGCGCUGAGCUGCACGGCUGCGGCCUCCUCAACGCGGCCGAGUCCGGCAAGGGAAAGCCGGGAGCUGAGGAGACGAGCCAGCCCCUCCACGGGAGGGUGUUUAAGACAGAAGUGGCCACUGUGUACCUACCGGCGGGCGGCCCGGACGCCUCGCAGCCUGAGCCUGACUGGUCACUGUGCCCAGCAGGCGAGGAGGACAAAAAGAGGACCGUGCACCUGAAUGGCGUGCAGGCCCAGGUGGGAGACGCGGCCGCCUGCCCGUCGCAGGCGCAGUGCCGGGCAAGUGAAUGUAGCGAGCGGGGCCUGCAGGUGAACGCGGCGCCCAUGGAGGCUGCGCAGCCCUGCCAGGCCGCCGUCGCACUGAGCGAGGAAUGCCAACAAAUCGUGCCUCACACGGAAGUUGUGGACUUGAAAGCGCAGCUUCAGAUGAUGGAGAAUUUGAUCAGCUCGAGUCAGGAAACCAUCAAAGUGUUGUUGGGUGUUAUACAGGAGCUAGAGAAAGGAGAAGCUCACAGAGAAGGGCUUUCAUAUCGGACCGGUCAAGACACGGCCAACUGCGACACGUGCAGGAACAGCGCGUGCAUCAUCUACAGUGUGGAAUUGGAUUUUAAGCAGCAAGAAGAUAAACUACAGCCAGUUUUGAGAAAACUUCAUCCCAUUGAGGAAACUCAGGUUGCACCUUUGCCUUAUUCUCAGGAGAGCUACUCCUCCACUCCCAAGCAAAAAUCCAAAACUGAAUCAAAAAAGCAUGGAAGAUGGAAACUCUGGUUCCUUUAACCAAGUCUGUUACCUGUGGAGUUCAAGGCCUUCUCUGAAAUACAUUUGGAGUUCUGUCAAUCAUCUGCAAGGGAUCUCGGUACAUUGCUCCGUGUCACCGACCCACCUUGUUCUGACUACUCUGGCAACGUUCAGUUCUCACCCUAUGUACCAAAAAGGCCUUUGUACCUACAAACUCAUGUUCAGAACCAAGGGGUUGUGUGACACCUCGUCAGCUUUUAUUUGCGGUUCACCAAUGUGGGAUGUAAAACCUGAAUGGGAAUUUAUACAAAGGUGGAAAGGAAAACGAUUCCCUCCCCCUCCCUUAGAUCUGAGAGCAUCACAUUCUAACCUGUUAAAUUGUAGGCUGUCAUCCUGCACACAGCUAAAUAUCACUCUUGUUUUAAAGCCUUUUGGGGGUUUGGUUUAUUGUCUUUAAAUAACGAGGUUGGGGGGGGGGGGGGGUGGAAGCAAGCAAGCCUUAUGUUUGCAGGUCUUCAGUUUUACAGAUCCAUGUUGAUCGGGGAGUGCGGUUUUCAGCACAUCUAUCCUGGACAAAGCACAAUUUUUCAUGUGGUCCAAGACCAUGAAUACUCUCUGAGAUGUGACUGUCUGUAUAUUUGCCUUCAUGUGUUGUAGAUUUCAGCCAAGCUAUCACAUUUUGACAGUGCACCAUCAGUUCUAAUUUAGCUGUGUCCUCACCACCGGGCAAACAAGGCUGCUGCCCAUCACCAGCAGGUGGGCAGUGAGAAAUGUCCCAAGUCAGGACAAGCCUUUAACCUCACCAAGCUGACAGGGUCAAGGCUACGGGACCAUAAGCCGUCCUAAAUCUCACUUUUAAUCUUUUGCUGCCCCAAAGCUCUAAGUGACACCUUCUGGCACAGGAAAAACCCAAAAAAAAUACAAAAUGAACAAUAAAAAGUUCUACGGAUCGCUGGCACUUGCCAUGAUUUAAUAUCUUUUUCUAAGGCAGGCUUUGGAAAAACUCAACAUUACUGCAGAAGGCACCAUAAAUUUUAUAGCACGCGUUAUGCUGUGAAACCUGUCUGGAAGGAACAGCAAUUUGAGAAGCUGUUUAUUUACCAAGCUUCUCAGAUGGGUUUCCCAACCAACACAUUGCAGUUUAUACCCAUAUCUAUUAAUUGUCCUAACCAACCAGCACUCUCCUAGGGAGGAAAUCUUUGAUUAUUUCUCCUAUUUAUUUAUUUAUUUUUAUGUUGCUCUGAAUUAUAAACUGAAAACGUUUCCUUUAAGUACCUGUUGCUGUCAUUAAGUUCAUAUCUAGAACGACCGCAUCUCACACUGGAAGUGGGCAGGGACUGGGUUCGCUGCUGUGUUGAGGCCUUGUUAAGGAGUCAUACAGAGCUACAUGGCGGUCUGGUUUACUAAGGCUUGAAAUUUCACACCCUGCAGCAUCACUGAGAUAGGAAUUCCUCAGUCUUUAGGAGGUAGAAAUACCACAAGCAGCAGAUGAGUUCGCUCAUACAACCAAACUUGAGAUGUCCUCACUGACAGCUUUUCUCUGAGCUCAACAUCCAACCCGUAACUACAAGAAAACCUGAGGAGAAACACAUGCAGUUUGCUAUGGGGAAAAGGUAAGAAAAGGAAGUUAGAAUGGGAACAGACGUGCAGAUGUCAGUGUCCACCUCAAAAUGAACUUCAGCGUGCUCUGCUGAUAAAGUCACUUAGUAGGAAACUUUAAGAGGGCUCCGAGUUCCUGUACAUACACAGACAGCACCCUCAACGCUCUGAGAGCCAAAGGAUCAGCGCAGUGCCCAGACCCCGCGUACCAGGAAGGAAGUGCAAUUGUUCCACGAGGAAGAAACAUGUUUUGUGUAUUUAAUACCGUUUUUAAUUAAAGAUCCCAUCUCAUAUACUCCCCCGCCCAAAGAAAAUCUAUUUCUUCCCCCCCCCUAAAAUGAAAUAUCAAACAUGGGUAUAACGAGGAGAUACAACAAUAUUCAGUAUUUCAAAAUAGUGGCAAUCAUUUACUAAUUUAUAUAUGCUAACACGCCAUUUAAUUAAAGGAAUUAAAUCAAGCAUCUCUCGGUGGCAACCAAUUACAAACCGUUAGCGUCACCUCAUCAGCAGCUUUCCCCAUCAAUCAACCCUAAACGUUCUCAUGCACAGGGAUGGACACAAAGCUCAGCUGCUCUGUGUGUGGUUCCGACCCAUCCAGAGCCCAGAGUUCUGCAUGUACGUCACACCACAGGGGAAAUCUCACGGGAGGAAGACGUGAGAGCUGCAGGUCCACGUCCUCACGGCGCGUUCUGGACACGUUCAGGCUAUUUUCUUAAAGAGUUGCAGAUUUUUAAUUUUUUACAUUUUUUUAACCAAAGGACAAGCCGACAUACAUGUAGUCCUGCUUCAACUCUCAUACCGCGUCCGAGCGUUCCAUACGAUGUAAUUUGUAAUAAAACGUUUUUGCAAGUGUGUAACAAGUAUCAUAUUGUAUUGCGUUUAGAACCGCUCAGGCUCAGCCUAGGAACCCAGAGAGAGCCCUCGAUCUGUAGAGCUUUGGUUCAAUGUGACACGAUGCUCUUUUCACCCUCGUGCAAAAAACCUUCCAACACUCAGCUCUGAGGGGACAGCAAAGUUCACCUUCACUUUCAGUUCCACAUGGCAUCACUCUGCCAAACUCACCCACAGCAUCACACCCUACACGCUGAUUUGCUACAUGCACUCCUCUCAUAUCACGCUGAAACUCAUUCUUAGUCAAUAGAUACUGCAGUGACUUUAUAUUACUUGCUAUUUCCCAGGUCCGUACCAUUCCCAUUAAGCAGCAGUUCUUUGUUUUAGAACUCCCAGGAUCCACUAUCCAUGUACUUGUUUUCUUAAAGGAGGGGAAAAAAAUCAAAUCACUGUAAAAAUAGUUGAACCAUCAGGAUAAACUGAGGAAAAAUUCAUGAUUAAAACUGACAAAUCCUACCAUCAGAA